AUGGCCACACCACAACCGACACAAUUCCCCCUCCCCCCGCUCCUAACCCACCCCUCCUGCUCCGCGCCAGAGCUCAUCACCCAAGGCGCCGAAGCCCGCCUCUACAAAACCACCUUCCUCGCCCCCUCCACCCCGUCCGCCCUCAAGUACCGGCCGCCGAAGCCCUACCGCCACCCAACCCUCGACGCCCGCCUCACCCGCGCCCGCAUCCUCGCCGAGGCCCGCGUCCUCGCAAAAUGCCGCCGCGAGGGCUGCCCCGUCCCCGCCCUCUACGCCCUCGACGAGGCCGCCGGCUGGAUCAUGCUCGAGUGGAUCCCCGGCGCCCCCGUCCGCGUGCGCAUCAACGAGUGGCUCGACUCCGUCGUUCCCAGCCAGCGCCUGGCUGGAGUUCCCGAGGAAGAGACAGACGAUAAGGUCAUGGCGGACACACGAGAAGCAACAACAACAACAACACCAGAAGAAAAGGCCGCCGCCGCAGCUCCACGACGAGACGCCACGGAAAUCAAGAACCUGAUGAGCAGGAUGGGCGCCGCCGUCGGCAAGAUGCACAAGAUCGGGAUCGUACACGGGGACCUCACCACAUCCAACAUGAUGCUCCGCCCGCCAAAGCCUGCUGCCACUACCGCAAACGGGGAGGAGGCCUCGAAAUUGGACGGGGAGAUCUUCAUCAUCGACUUUGGAUUGGCGAGCCAGAGCACCUCCGACGAGGACCGCGCGGUCGAUCUCUAUGUCCUCGAGCGCGCUUUCGGCAGCACGCAUCCCCGCGCCGAGGAAUACUUCCAGGAUCUGCUGGACGCCUAUCGCGCAUCAUACAAGCAGGCCCCCACGACUCUCAAGAAGCUCGAAGACGUCAGGAUGAGGGGCAGGAAGAGGAGCAUGAUUGGUUGA